CUCGUCUCCGCUUCUCGUGUCCGGUUCCAGCUAUAUUUUGCUCUCAUGCCGCGCAUUUCUACGCAGCGCGUCGUUGCUCUGCUAGCGGCGCUACUGUUGCUACUCGGGGACGUUGCGGUGCAGCCCGCAUUCGCUGAUCCUUGCAUGGGCACGCUCAACAUCCCAACGGAUAGCGUGCUGGGAUGCACCGUCCACACUGGAAACCUGAUCAUUCAUGCGGCCGCAGUUGCGUCCGACCUCGCGUCGCUCACGACGGUCGUGGGAGAUGUCACCUUUUUCAACUUUGGCCAGCUCCACCUGAUGACCAACCUGACGACCGUCUCGGGAACGGUCACGUUGACCGAGUAUGGCUGCGUCAGUACGCCGUGCCUGGAUCUGGGUUUGCCGGCACUCGAAUCGGUGGGCGGAUCGCUGCGCUUCAACAUUCCCGGGUCCUUGUCCCCCAUGACGGCGGGCCCGUUCCCUGCCCUGAGAGAGAUUGGAGGCGACCUCAAUUUCAAUUGGGCCAAUGUGCCGCAGACGCCCAUUGCCACCAUCGCGGGCUUUUCGCAACUGACCCAAGUCGGAAACACGCUCGUCAUCUCCGGAAUCGACGCUCUGCACACCAUGACCGAUGCCUUUGUCUCGCUGACGCAGGCCGCGACGAUUGCGCUUUCGGCCCUGCCCAACCUUGCGGCGGUCGACGCCUUCCCUAAUCUGCAAGCAGUCGACCAACUCUCCCUGUACACUUUUUCAGCAGAUACGGUCGAGUUCCCAUCCUUGGAAAUCGCCACCAUCUCGCUCAUCCUCUCGGGUGUACAGGCAAACUCUAUCGACUUUGCUCAGCUGGCGCAUGCCGGCUUUCUCAAACUCGCAAGCACCAACCUCACCAACGCCAAUUUCCCCGCCUUGAUCACUGUCGGCUCUGCAGCAAGCCAAACCUAUUACUAUGUGGGCAAUGCCUUGUACAUCCAGGGCAACACUGAGCUGCGGUCGCUUGCAGGAUUUGCGGCGCUGCAAAACGUUAUCGCCGGCAACGUCUAUGUCGGCUCCAACCCGUAUCUGUGCGACUCGUGGCCAACCAACAUCAAUGUGGUGGCGGCGCCCAACACCUACACCUUCGAUCUUGAUGAUUCGAGCCCAUUGUGCGAGUGUGUUCUCAGCAGCCCCGUCCUUGCGCCCAUCGAGCUGAUCAACUGCAAGACGGUUGUCGGUGAUCUCACCUUGUCGGUCGACACAUUCCAAAAUGCAUACUCGAUGCAUGCUCUCAGCACAGUCACAGGAAGCCUGCUGAUCACCGACAUCGAGCUCUUGCUGCCGAGUUUGAAUGUGCUCUCGCAACUGGUGGACAUUGGGGGCGACCUGAUCAUCACGAACAAUGAUCGGCUGCUGUCGACGACAGGACCGGCUCCCGCCGUCCUCCAUGGCUCGUUGAUUGUCCGGAAUAACUCCCGGUUGCAAGACUUGGCCAUUGUCCAUGAGGUCGGCGCGUUUACCGGCUCGGAGUGGUCGGAAGGGUUUUUGAUUGACAUCCAGGACAACCCGGCUCUCGUCACACUGGACGACCUGAGCGCCGUCGCGCAACUCGCAGCGGGUGCCAGCGUUUCCAUUCAGAACAAUGCACAAGUGUGCGAUGCCAACCUUCCGGGCUCCUUCCCGACCCCGACAACAGUCAUGUACACGCCGUGCACCACCACCGCUGAUUUGAACGCGCUGUCCAACAUUACCUUCUCGGACUCGACUGCAAAUCGCUACGUACGCUCUUGGCGGCACAUUGCCGCUGCCAUCAAUAACGGCGUCGUCACUGGAGCGGCGGCAGACGCUGCGGGUGAGAUCUUCCUUGCCGGCUUGACAUCCGUGCUGACGUUCGCGACGGACAACAACCGCGUCCCCGACGGUGUGGCCAUUGUCGAUGUUGCUUGGGCGUGCGACUCUCUUGUUGGAACGCGCGCCCUUGGUGUGCUGCAGCGCCUCAUUGAACCAACCGAAAUCCCGAAAGCUGUCGACACGUUUUACGGAGCGUUGGGUCAGCGCGAGGGCUUGGCCCGAGGCUGCACAGGCACCAUGUUCAACUAUACCCUUGCUUCGUCCUCGUUCAUUGCCCGGCAAGUGAACUCGACCGAUGUUGGCUUUGAGUUUGCGACUCCCAGCGGAAAUGCCCGAAUCAACAUCCCAGCGUCCAUGUCCUCGGUGCUUCCGAGCGAUGCGGAAGGCUGCAAAGGCCAGUCGUUCAUUGUGUACACCAACCCUGUCUUCCCCGAUCCGGCAUUGAGCGGGUUUAGCGGCAAAAAUGCCUCCAGCAUCGUCUCGUUCUCCAUUACUGCUCGCGAGGUUAACCAUCUCCCAGACCCCGUCGAGUUUAGCAUCCAGCUGAACGUCAACUCGGACGAUCUGGUUGGCUCGCCGGUGUGUGCUUACUGGAACUUUACCACAAACCUCUGGGAAACAAACGGCUGCACGCUUGUCCGCGUGGUCGGUCGCAAUGUCACUUGCGCGUGCACGCAUCUGACAAACUUUGCCGUGCUGUUUGGCGGUGCGUCGUCGGAAGCGGCCAAUUCGGAUGCAGUGACGUACGCAGCCUACGCGGGAUGUGCGCUGUCAAUCUUGGGAUCCCUCGCGACGUUUGUGACGUUUGCGCUCUUCCCACACCUCCGCGUCGGCCCUACCAAGCUGGUGAUGCAAUUGUGUGUGGCUCUCAUUGCUACCCACAUCCUGCUCAUCUCCUCGCCGAGCGCUGAGGUUGGCACGGACAGCUGCAAGGCGAUCGCCGUCAUCCUGCACUACUUUUUGCUUGCAGGCUUUGCCUGGAUGCUGUCUCUUGGCGUUUACUUGUACUAUAACGUGGUGCUGUUGCAACGCGAGCUGGACCACCACUUCAAGUGGCACCUGCUCGUCAGCUGGGGCGUGCCACUCCUGGCCGUCGUUUCCUUCAUUAUUGCCGACGAGCGCACCGAUGCGUUUGGCUACGGCAGGGACUCGUGCUGGAUUGACAACACGGGUGCGUUGAUUGGCUCGUUCAUUGUUCCAGUCCUCCUGGUCGUCACCGUCAACCUGGCCAUCUUUGUGCGGGUCUUUGUGCGCAUUCACUCCAUCCGCAACGACAAGACACUCAAGAAGGACUCGACUGCUGUUCAGUUCCGCGUCUACCUCACCAUGCUCACGCUUUUGGGAGCAACCUGGAUUUUUGCCUACUUUGCCCUCGUCGUGGACAACACUGCUGCCUGGGUGAUUUUCAUCAUCUGCUGCUCCUUGCAAGGAUUUUUCAUCUUCCUUGCGUACUGCUGGAAUGACCGCACGGCCAAGGCCUACAAGCAGCUGCUCUUUGCCGGCAAAUACGGCCCUCUGUCGUACAAGAAACGAACUGCCAGCCAGCAACGGCUGCAAAUCUCCUCGAUACCCAAGGCCACCCAGCCAGCUACGUCAGAGAUCGAGAUGAGCACGGAGGUUUCGAUGAGCAAAUCAGCAGAAACAGAGAUGAGCACCCAGCCCGUGUCAGAGUUUACUUCUGUUCACGUGUAACUAUUGUGUUGAUGUUGUUGGUUGAUGUUGUUGCGUUCCUGUUAAGGUUUGUCGUUUUACGUUCAGAGUUAAUGCAUGAGAGUUUUGUCGUUUUGUUGUUGUUUUGUUUUGUUGUUU